AUGCCACCAACGGAGCUACAAGGCCGAAAGCUCUUGUCGGGAUUCUAUACAAAGAUAUCGAAUUUCAAUUGUUCCCUUUCCCGAACUCAAGGGUCAUCGCCAACAAUUGUAAUGAAGCUUAAUUUCGAACGAAUCAAGCAAUUAGGUGGGAAGAAGAAGGAGAAAAUAUUCGCAUUUUAUAAAGCCGAGGAUCUAGCAUACUGUCGAACUUGUGGUUACAAGAAGAGACUGGAAUUUCAUGAUCUGCGUCGGGCUUCAGGAAAGAAACUGAAUGAAAUUGUAACUCCAGAAGAACGACGCCAGAUCAUAAGUCAUCAUAGGGAUGUUUACAAACGGUAUUACAUGCCGGCAUUUGUAAAUACAAAUUGCUAA